AUGCUCUUCUCCACUAUCACCGGGCUAUUCUUGGCCGCCGCUUCCAUGGCCCAUGGAGCACCACUCGCGGUAACAGAUCCCGUCGAUCCCUACAGCACCGAGGCCAUACUCUUGUUCUCCGACUGCCAUUUCAAAGCAUGCCUUGAGGCCCUUGCCCCAGCUAUUGGUAUCUGUGCGGCCGCUCUCGCCCAGGGAGAAUUUGACUUCAUCAAUGAUGCCGCCUGCUUUGCUUCCGCUGCCGAGAAGAUCUACUCCAAGCCUGUAUCCUGCGAUCACUGCUACUGA